AUGCCGUUGGCGAAUUUCCCGCGAGAGCCUUACCGACAAAUGUCGCAGCAGCAGCGACAGCUGUGCCGUCUUCGUUCGAGGCGUUGCGAACCUCACGGAGUCACCAAGCGACCUAAGAUCGACCGAUCAGAGGUCGGCGACCGGAUGUGUGAGGACCGCUGGCGUGGCGCGUCUCUUCAAAUUAAGACGUACGAUGAGGUUGUUAUCUGGUCAGCAAGCAUGAGGAUUAAAUUCAUUGCAUCGUCGACGCGAUUACUUCAUGCCAAUGAGCGUCAGGAAACGUUUGCUGACCGCUGA